ACUAUCAUGUCCUUCUCCGACUUUGACGCUAUUUACGAGGAUGAUCAGCUUGAGGAGCUGGAGCACUUUCAGGAUCAGACUGUGGCGCCGGUACCGGAGCCCAUCAUUAUUCGCGGUGCUGGAAACAUGACCGUCUUUGGCCUAAGCAAUCGCUUUAAUUCUGAGUUCCCAUGUGGCUUGCUGUCACGCGUGGCUCCGGAAGAGUUUAAGGCUACGGUGGGUCGAAUCAAUGGAGUCCUGAAGAAGUCCCUGCCCGUUAACGUGAAAUGGCUCUUUUGCGGCUGUGUCUGCUGCUGCUGCACCCUCGGCUGUUCUCUCUGGCCCGUCAUCUGCCUAAGCAAACGCACACAACUCACGUUAGACAAGCUGUUCGAAUGGGAGAACAAUCAUUUAUAUCAUAAGCUGGGCCUGCACUGGCGACUGCAUAAGCAACAAUGUGAUUCCAAUUCCAUGAUGGAGUAUGUUAUUUUAAUUGAAUUUAUACCCAAAACGCCUAUAUAUCGGCCCGACUAAAUAAUGGGAUGAAGCCUGUGAAACGGGCUGAAGGGUGCGGGCACGGUAACGCGGGGUCGUAAUGGUAAUUGUAAAAUAAACACUAGCUGCUAACACUUUGCUUUAGGCGUUUACCGAACACACUAACCCAUAGUCUAUACAUGCAGGCAAACUACACAAUGAGCAUUAACCAGUUUAGUGUACUCACAGAUUGUCUUUUUAAGCUAAUACUAUUUAAUAUUUAGUUUAUUAAAACAAAUUUUCCGAAAAAUCGUAGCCAGUAAGAUUGAUUGAUUUCUCGUAAUUGUAAUUGUAGGGCGCUUUAAUUUCCCUAAUUUCGUUUAGUUUUAAAUCCUAAUUUGUUUUUUAAACUAAUGCAAUAUUAAAUAAAUUUCUUGUUAGGAAA